AUGCAGAUCUUCGUGAAGACGCUGACGGGGAAGACCAUCACGCUGGAGGUCGAGAGCAGCGACACCAUCGCCAACGUCAAGGCCAAGAUCCAGGACAAGGAAGGCAUCCCGCCGGACCAGCAGCGGCUCAUCUUCGCCGGGAAGCAGCUGGAUGACGACCGCACCCUGGCCGACUACAGCAUCCAGAAGGAGUCCACGCUGCACCUGGUGCUCCGCCUCCGCGGCGGCGGCAGGGGCGGCUACCCCCUCAUGAGCGUCCCGUGGGACCUCAUCAACCUUGCCCGCAAGCACAAUGAGAGCAAGAUGAUCUGCCGCAAGUGCUAUGCGCGCCUUCCCCCCAGGUCCAAAAACUGCCGCAAGAAGAAGUGUGGCCGCAGCAACGAGCUGAGGUCAAAGAAGAAGUUCAUCUCCAAGUUUACCAUGUGA